GAUAACUAGCUUUUGGGGUUGAGUUCUACCUAAAACCGUAUAACAUUGUAUUAGAGCUGGGUCUUGGGUGGUCUCUAGUAGUGGGCCAAGUCUCCACUCGAUGUCUAAUCUCUCACCUCUCGUCUCUUUAUCACCUCCUUAAGCUAUCCGGGCUGCAUGUGCAGGGGAGUGUUAGAUCUGUCUCACAUCAUCUCUUUAAACCUCCCAAGCUUGCUUAAUAUACUUGAGAACCCCUUCUACUCAUUGCAAAUUGGUUUUGAGUUGGAUGCUUUAAUGUAGUAUUAGAGUCAACCACCACGUUGAGUAUGGGAUCAGAUCUCCAAUGCUAGUAUGGGAUCAGAUGAGUGCGACUUUGUGGUACAAGCCGUGGAGGGGGCGAUCUAUAGGUUGGAUUAAGACACAUAAAUAGGUGUUGAAUACUAUCAAUGGUUGAAGCCACCAUAAGGGAAAAUCCUACUAUUGGGUCAGUCGAUAGAGUGGGCUGCCAUAGACGUCGACUUCAGAGCUUGGUGUUAUGUUAUGAUCCCACAUUUGUUAACAUAGGCCUUAGCCAUGUGCAUAUAAGCCUCUUGGGCACCCUCCCGUUGCAAGACUGUUUUUGAGGGUGAGUUCUACCCAAGGGGUUCAUAUCACAUGGUAUUAGAGCUAGAGUACUCAGGGAUGGGUAGGGUGCGUGUCCUUAGCCUACACACCGCACCACAAGUGCUAUUGAGUGAGCAUGGUGGGCGUGAGGGAGGGUGUGAAGUAAAGUCCCACAUUGCCUGAGUACUAAAGUAAUGUUAAGCAGAUAAACGUGAGGGCACCCUCAUCUUAAUAGUUAGCUUUUGUGGUUGAGUUCUACCUAAGGCCGUGUAACAGUCCCUAUCUAGUGGAAUGGCCGGGGAUUUUGGGUAUAACAUUCCCAAUGGCCUCAUGGAAGAUGAAGAUUUAUGGCAUGCUUUGCAUCAUGUAUGGAACUGUUGAUUAGUGAUGAACUUCUGUAGCCCUUUGUAGAGCGGAGUGGCGAAAAAGGAUUCAUGUGGCUGACCCUGUAUAAGGCUUUGUUUGGUUUGGUUUAGUUUGUGUCCACUAACAGAAUUGUGUCCACUAUCAGGAGGAAAAUAUUUGUUUAUUUUGUUGCUCGUUGUUCUAUAGGGAAUUGCUGAUACCAUGGCAUAUUUGCAAAAAGAAGGCCGUUUGCUUCGCGCUGAGCAUAAUCUUCUUGGUGAAGCAUUUCUUGUCAUGGCUUCUGCAGCUGGGAUUCAACAGCAACAAGAAGUUUUAGCCUGGUUACUUGAACCUUUGAGCAAACAGUGGACACAGCUAGAGUGGCAAAUUGCUUAUUUGUCUGAUCCAACAGGCUUGGUUCGCUUGUGCUCUGAAACGCAAUUUAUGUGGUCACUUUUCCACACUGUGACAUUCUUUGAGAAAGCACUUAAGAGAAGUGGUUUCCGAAAAGGCAAUAUAAACUCACAGAACAACUCAACAGGAAGUUCUGGUCUUUUGCAUCCAAUGGCUUCUCAUCUGUCAUGGAUGUUGCCUCCUCUGUUAAAACUGCUUCGAGCUCUGCAUUCUCUUUGGUCUCCACCUGUAUCUCAAGCAUUAGCUGGAGAAAUGAAAGCUGCAAUGGCCAUGAGCGAUGCUGAGAGGACCAGUCUUCUUGGGGAAGCUAACCCUAAAUUGUCAAAGGGGUCACUAACAUUUGCUGAUGGAUCUCAAAUUGAAAUGAAUAAGGAAGGUUAUGCAGAAUCAAAUGAGACUGAUAUACGAAAUUGGUUGAAAGGCAUCAGAGAUAGUGGCAGGUAUAAUGUAGUGGGCUUAUCAGCAACCAUUGGGGAUUCAUUUUUCAAGUGUUUGGAUGUCCAUUCUGUUUCCCUUGCACUGGUGGAGAACAUACAAUCAAUGGAGUUCAGGCAUAUAAGGCAGCUUGUUCAUGCAGUCUUGAUUCCAUUAGUAAAAUGCUGCCCUCAGGAUUUUUGGGAGGAGGGGUUGAAAAAGCUCCUGCAUCCAUUGCUUCUUCACACUCAGCAGGCUCUUAGCUGCUCAUGGUCCAGUCUUUUACUGGAAGGUAGAGCAAAGGUUCCAGAUCUGCAUGGCAUACCUGCUGGAUCAGACUUGAAGGUCGAAGUAAUGGAGGAAAAGCUACUUCGAAAUUUAACUCGUGAGAUUUGUUCACUCCUCUCGGUUUUAGCUUCAUCAGGACUAAAUGCAGGGCUUCCUUCUUUAGAUCAGUCAGGGCAUAUCAGCCGUGUGGACACAUUUGCCUCAAAUUCUAUGGUUGGUUUUGUUUUGAGACACAAAGAUCUUGCUGUUCCAGCUAUGCAGAUAACUUUAGAUGCCUUUAAAUGGACUGAUGGUGAAGCUGUGUCUAAAGUUUCUUCCUUUUGUGGAGCUGUAAUUCUUCUGGCCAUCUCAACUAAUAAUGUAGAACUCCAACAAUUUGUUUGUAAAGACUUGUUCUAUGCAAUCAUCGAAGGUUUGGCCCUUGAGUCAAAUGCUUUUAGCAGUGCUGAUCUGGUUGGUCUCUGUCGUGAAAUCUUCAUUUAUCUAUCUGAUAGAGACCCAGCACCCAGGGAGAUUUUGCUCUCUCUUCCUUGCAUUAGUCGCCAAGAUUUGCUUGCUUUUGAAGAAGCUUUGACAAAGACAAAUAGUCCUAAGGAACAAAAGCAGCAUAUGAAGAGCUUGCUAAUAUUAGCUACAGGAAAUAAGUUAAAGGCACUUGCCGCUCAGAAAAGUGUGAAUGUAAUUACCAAUGUUUCAACAAGAGCUCAUAGUUCAGACACCACUCCAAGGUCCAAAAUUGAUGAAGGGGAUGUCAUAGGAUUGGCAGCAAUUAUGUAAGGGAUAUGUGUAUAGUGAGGACUUGUAACUUUAACGUCAUAUGUGGAAGAGGUGCACCAAAAGUUUUUUUCGGCCAAAAUAUACCAGGUUGUGAAAAUAGUUUAUUUCCGAGGCUGCCUCGAGUGAAAGUCUGAGUGGAUGUACAAUAUAGUUUCAUAUUUUGUAUAUUUUCUAGUUUUUUUCACCCCACUUUGGAAGAAAACAUCUAGAUCUGCAUUUUACAGUCUGAAUACAUUGCUUUGUAUUUAAUACCUAGCCUUGAAUGAAAACAUACUUUCCAUGGAAUUU